CUAUCGCAUAUCUAGUAGCCGUCCUCCAACACCAACGCCUUUAUGGAUGCGUCCGGCAACCGCCUCUUCCGGUGGUCCAAACCGGAAUGGCUCAACAACUCGACGGUCCGCAACGCCGGCGUCUACACGGCGGGUGCCCUGUUCUCACUAGGAUUCUUCUUCAUAAUGGACGCCGCGGCCUUCUCGCACAGCGCGCGCAACGGGUCGAACGUCCACGUGAAAUUCGUGGACUGGAUCCCCGGCAUCUGCUCCGCGCUCGGAAUGCUCGUCAUCAACUCGAUUGAGAAGUCCCGGCUGCAGGCGGAUAGCUUCAGUUAUAGUGGGAAUGGAGUGGCGUGGAAAGCGCGCUUUGUGCUGUUUUUGGGGUUUGCGCUGUUGGCGGGUGGGUUGGCAGGGAGUGUGACGGUUAUGGUGCUCAAGUAUCUCCUGCCGUCGUAUCCGCUGCAGACGUUGUAUUUUGGGAUUGCGAACGUUAUUGCCAAUGCGUUGGUUAUGCUCAGUUCGGUGGUCUUGUGGGUGUCGCAGAACAUAGAAGACGAUUAUACCUACAACCUUGCGCUAUAGCUUGAUCUGCUGUCAAAGGAAUGGUCCUCUGGCCAUCCUCGUCGGUCUUCUCCCAGUCCUGGGUCUGUUUCUAGUUUGUUUGGCUGUUGUGUUUGGGAUGGCGUAGUCUUGCGAUUUGGCCCAUUGUUCUGUCUGUUCUGUCUGUUCUGUCUGUUCUAUUCUGUUCUAGCCUUGUCUUAUGGUGUGAUGAAUUAUUUACAGCUCAUAUUUGGUUUAGUCGUAGAUUGAUUGACUCGUUCGACCCUAUCAUAUAUCUACGCUAUUCAAGGUAUACAGGUUUGAUGG